GCAUUGGCAAGCAAAUUGUAUUUCGCUAAUAGCUGUUUCGGUUGUUAACAAGGCUAUCUAAGCGAUUCUAACAAAAUGAAUAAAGUGGUUGCUUUUACGUUUCUUCUCUUUGGACAAGCACUUGCAGCACCUCGUGCAACCGACGGUGACUCGAUUCUGAACGCCCCGUUCCAGGCAUCGUUACGUUCUAUGCCGGUAAAAGUUCAUUUCUGCAGUGGAUCGAUCAUUUCCGAGCGUUGGAUUCUCACGGCAGCUCACUGCGUCCAAGGUCGAACAGCUACCAGUUUCACAAUUGUUGUUGGAAGUUACACCAUCGAACCUCAAGGCAUGGAAUAUGCCGUUGAUGAAAUACAUUUGUACCAAAAUUUCGACCCUAUUUUCUACGAACACGAUUUGGCUUUAGUAAAAACGACUGUUGAUAUUGAACUGUCCGAAAAUGUUCAGAUCAUCAACCUACCGAAUGUGUCUGCUCCGGCUGGUGAACUUGUGAUCCUCACAGGAUGGCGAUCGGAUAUUGAAGAAGCAACACCCAACGACAUGCAAAUCGCCCGCAAGGUUACCCUUGCAAACGACGAAUGCCGGCAAAUUCAUAUUGCUGGCGAGUCUCACGUCAACAUUUAUCCUACAAGUGUUUGUGCCCGCCCACGGAUGGUUGGGUGCUACUGUAUCAUCGAUGCCGGUGCACCUCUAGCAUCGGAAGAUAACGUCCUGAUUGGUGUGUUCUCACUGUCCGCUGGCUGUGGACGAAUGUUGCCGGCUGUGUACACCAGAGUACACAACUAUCGUGAUUGGAUUUCUAUGAUUGCAAAUGUUUAAAUAUGUUACUCUUGACAUAUGGUGCUGACACUCAUUAUGACCCAAAUUCCACUAUUAUUUUAUAAGCGAGAAUAUAACAAAAUUUUAUUUAAA